GAUCAAACACAACAUCGCGAGGCGAGAUUGGUUAAACUUCUUUUCUGCAUGGUCGGGGGAGCCCGUAGCAAUUUUCGAUCCAACGUUCCACACAUUUCACUUCAUUCGUGUGGUUUCCUUCCUUGUGUUCGGAUGUCGAUUUUACGGUGGAGUUUCGCGUUUUUCUAGUUUUGCCACAAACCGGUUGGGGAGCAAUAUAUUUAAACUAACAUAGAGCGAAAAAGCUUAUUUACUAGUGCUUAUUACAACCCGUACGUGCGAUUGUCGUUGAUUUCACAUCGAUCGUUUUUGUGGCUAGGACGUGGCGAUAACAAAAUGAAGAUCAUUCGAUCCUUACCCGUUCCGUUGUUUCUAUCCCCUGUAACUGGCACGGUCGUGUUCUAACCGCAAAAAAGACCACAACAAAAGCGCCUGCCAUAGAAACGAAGAAUAACAAAAACAGACGACGCUGAUUGGUCGGUGAUUGCCCUGGGAUGCUGGAGAGAAAGUGAACAAACGAGACGAUCAGCGACGAGUUGGAUGGAGUUGUCUGAUGCUUUCAAUUUAUUGAACGAUACAAUAGUGUGAUGUGGAUUUAGUAAAGUAGUUCUUUUAUUCUUCGCUGCUGUCCGUGCGUGUGUGGUGUGGCGCGGAGCUGUAGAAUCGGUGCCGCUCUGCUUGCGGAUGUAGCAGAGGAAAUCGCAGCAGCGGAGUGUAGAGAUCCCGUGUGGGUGUGUUGUGCCUUUGCCUAUGCAGUGGUGAAGUGUUCAUGAAUAUUCAAAUCAGCAUAAUCGAAUUUGCAUAAUUUCAACGUGGUAAAGUGGCGAAGAGCUAAAAAAAGUUGAGUCGGUGUGAUCCUAUGAAAGCAAAAGGUGCCUGGUGUUUCAGAUCAAAUCUCGGUCAAGUAGUAAUCGCUAUCUGUACAGAAUUCUUAUAAGCUUUAGUUUAAUCGGUUUUGGGCAAUGGUAUUGAUAGCACAAACUAGUGAAAGCAACGAUAUGUCGGGCUAACAUAUUUCUGAUCCAUCAGGACUAAUUUACUGGAGAUUCGAUAUUCGUUCAGGUUUCUGAACCAUUGUGUAGGUGAAUUGGAUUGGUGUGAACCAACCGGCGGGGGAUAGAUGCCGAGAACCUGCCUCGAGCUGUUGUAGGGGAUCCCAGCAAAACAAAACAAAGUCAUCUUCCGUGCGAGAUUCAGUUGAGCAUUCCGCUGGUAGAACGACUUCCUGAUAGCUUACUUGACUGACCCCUAUUACCUCUUCAUCCCGAGACCGGUCCAUAGUGGAGAAGAAACUAAAAAGCGGUAAAAUGGCCAGUACCGGUGAUAUCUGGCUGCAAUGGUUUUCCUGCUGUUUUCAACAGCCGCAGAGCCCUCGGCGGCGGCGACAUCACCAGCGGCUACGGAUAGAUCGAUCUAUGAUUGGAAAUCCUACCAACUUUGUGCAUACCGGCCACAUCGGAUCCAACGACGUCGAGCUCUCGACGAACCAUCUUUCGGCGAUACAAAACCAGAUGCAGAGUAAGGGUGGCUACGAAAUGAAUUCACUAAGACUGCAGGCUUGCUGAUAGGCAGUGCUGUCCGUUAAUUUAUUUCUAGUUUCUAAGGUUAUUAAUAUUAAAACCUGCAGUAGAAAAAGUACCACAACCGCGGCAAAGCAUACAAUUUUAGCACAAACAAAUAUUAAAUAUAGGUAACAACAGUAAACUAGGAUUAGGCGGUGAGACGAAAUGAAAUUGCUCCCGAAUACAAAGCGGCUCUUAUGACCCACUUCUUACCGAACUUAAAAUUCAACCGAAUGUAGCUGUUUUGGAACCAGGAGUAUCAAGCUAUCAUACAUCUCAAGACAAUAUUAUACGUCUACAGUAGAGUCGAAGCCUUUUACGUUUUCCUAACUAGCAGUAAUUCGAAGGAAUGUGUACGAGUGUUUAUUAAAGGUUGAAGAUUGAGCAAGUUACUAGUAGAAUAAAUGAAAUCAAAAUGUGGUGCUUCACUAACAAAUGAUGAUUAACGAAUGAAAUAAUUAACGAUAACAAUAAAGAUAUUGACUAUAUGCA